UUAACGAAUAGACAGGUUGUGAACCUAAGUCACUCGUCAAAUAUGUAUCACCUGGAUAGAACAACGAGAAUGCCCCACAAUCUAGGAUGGACGAAACUGUUAGUAAAAAUGUCGGGUGUGAUUAUGGUAGCGUGUAGCUUACUAUACCUGACACGAUCUCAGAUAUUACACUAUGAAGGUACAAAUAAUAGACAGAAACCCGAUAUUUCAGUGAAAUCGAGGUUAAGACAACUAUACAAAGAACAAACGCCAAGUAAUAUUCCACUUGAUUAUACAUUUAUUGACAAUAGCUGGAAAUUAUCUAAAUUGUGUAAACCAUAUAAAAUGUUCUUAAAUAAGAGUGAUUUUCCUUUGGUUAGAUAUACGUCAGACGCUGGUAGCGUGAAAAUAUUUACACACUCUUUAGACGAUGGAAUAUCAUCUAUAAUAAACAGAACAGGUGCUUUUGAAGGGAAGACCAUCAACCGAAUAUUAUAUGAGUUGAGGCUAGAUCCACAUUUAAAUUUAAUUGAUAUAGGAACAAAUAUUGGACAGCAUUCUAUAGCUGCAGCAUUAAUCGGGCGUGAUUCGAUUGCAAUCGACGCUGCAAAAUCAAAUAUCGAACACGUAUGUGCGUCUGCCGAUUAUCUAAAUAUUGGAUCGCGAAUAACAUUGAUUCAUAAUAUUUUGUCCGAUACGCAUGGGCAAAGGGAGUUCCGGUACAGUGCCAGCAAUAGUGAUUUCGGAUCUAUACAUGUUGAUUCUGAUGGAAUAUGGGACAAAAUGAAGAAACAAUACAAUGGAUAUUUUAGUAAUAACACAGUCAAACAAAAUUCCGUUACAUUAGAUGAUCUAUUAAACCUUCCACAGAUGCAUAAGUUUAAAAAGGUGUUUGUUAAACUGGAUGUUGAGGGUCACGAACACAGGGUGCUUUUAGGUGGAAAAGAAUUUUUCAAAAGACUAGAUGUACAUGGUAUAAUAAUGGAAUGGGCGUGGCAUGUUAAACGACAGUCAGCAGACAUAAUAAAAUCUUUUAUGACUGAAUGGAAAUUCAAACCAUUUAAGAUAUCCGAAACUAAAGAGUUUGAUCUAAGUGCUAUACAUUCUGACCAGUGGCCACAAGAUGUUCUCUGGCUUCCAUUAAAGUAUUUAAAAUUUUGAACAAAUAGUUAUAAUUAUAUAACACUCGUUUUAACACAACGUCAAUAGCUACCAAAAGCCAGUAUACAACGUAAGGUAAUAUAAGAAAGACAAAUAAAAAGUUCACAAAAAAAAACUGCACAAAAAUAGUAACACAGAAAACACUAAUCCCUUCAAACAAAUAAAAACACUUUUUUGUAUGGAUUUGCAGUUUAACAGCAAUAAUGAAAUCCUUCCUUUGAAAUCAGCUGAUGCUUUAUUAAAUUCUAGACAUUUCAAACUUAUCAACUGUUUUUAAAUAUACAUUUUUGGACAAGAUAUAAACAAAACCAACUAUUAUAUACAGAGACGACAAAGACAUUUACAAAUAAUAUAACAAAAUACCUAACCAAGAACUAAACUAAAGACUAUAGAAGUUGAUAUAUAAAAUAUACUGUGAUAUGCAGUCACUGAUAUUAGAGCGAAGGGCGGAUUGUAUUUUCAUUGUUUGCUUUUUCUUAAGUACACUGCUAUUACAGAUUUCAAUACUUUACUGCACUGUUCGAACAUUAAUUUCCUUGUAAAAACACAAUCGGGAAAUAUUAAAGCCAAGCCCUUAGUAAGAAAAAAGCAAACAAAAAUCUCCAAUAGCAACAGCAGUGUUCUGAGACUACAUUUACAACAAUCGUAGUACCCAAUGGUUUAUCCGCAAUUAUUUUGUUUUGGAAGGUGUCAAUAUUGGUUAAAACUAGACUUGAUUCUUGGUGAUGAAAUGUAAUACAUUUAAUUGAUGAAGAUGUUCACUUUCCACUAUGGUAGAUGAUCUUAAAUUUACUCUGAACGAGGAAAUAUAAAAAUAGAAACAACACCGAACUCCAAAGUGACACUUCCGAAGUUUACAUGUUACAUACAAUGUGAUUAUUCUUAAUUUUAUAAAGACCAGUUUACCUUUUAAUGAACUUGUUACAUUUUGAAGGCGUUGAUAUUUUUUAUCUAAUCUUCUGGAUGAUGGUAAACAGACAAGACGAAGAAUGCCAGUCGUUAGCCAAACAAUUCCCACUGAAAAAUGAUGUAACAUGCUAUAGUGAGACAGAAUAAACCUACGAGAAACGAAAACAAAAUAUGAAAUAUGUAUAAGUUCAUGUAGAUUUAAUAUUUCGUGAGUGAAAAAUAGUUAGUCGACUACUUAAAUCUUUGCAUUUGUUAUAAUGUUUUAUUUCUUUCAGCGAAACGGGAGAUAACUCGAUUAUUUUUUUAAAUAUCAUUCACAACAGCCCUACUAAAGAGCAGAAGAAGUUUGAGUAUCAUGCUAGGGCGUCUGGUUGUGAUGUUCCUUGGGGUAAUAAUGGAGUUAAUAUUCAUAACUGAAAAUAAACAUGCAACCAAUGGGCACAAUAAGCCCCACCAGCAUACCAAUCAACUUUAAUACUUUAAACUUUACAGCGCUGAAUUCAUCCCAAU